CCGACUGUCGAUUGGCUUCGCUUGAGAAUGAGAAAAGAAUGAUAGUGAAUUGUAGUGAAUCAAGGCAUUUUAUUUCGUCAAUAAUUUAUUUUCUCAAUUAGUUUGUGAUUGCCUAUCAUGGAAAAGUACUUGUACAUUUAUCAAUUCUACAUGUGGUAGUGUGAAAGUGUAACGUGUGGUUGUUUAUUGGUAAUUCGGAUUGUACUUGAAAUAAUGAUAACGAAAAUGCAACCUCAAGCGAAUGUUGCCGUGCCGCAAGCUGUCACGACUCAACCUCAACAAAUUGUCGGAGUUCCAGCUAAUGCUGUGAUAUUAAAAAUGUCUGAUAUACAGCAAAUAUCUACCGUUGGACUGUUGGAGCUCGCGCACAGGGAGUACCAAGCUGGGGAUUAUGAUAACGCUGAAUUGCAUUGUAUGCAGUUAUGGCGACAGGAUGCUACUAAUACUGGUGUCUUGUUGCUUUUGUCUUCAAUACAUUUUCAAUGCCGACGACUUGAUAAAUCAGCCCAUUUCUCGACACUGGCGAUCAAGCAGAACCCAUUGUUAGCUGAAGCUUAUAGCAAUCUGGGAAAUGUCUACAAAGAGAGGGGCCAGCUUCAAGAGGCGUUGGAGAACUACAGGCAUGCUGUGCGGCUAAAGCCUGACUUUAUAGAUGGAUACAUCAACCUGGCCGCAGCUCUGGUGGCCGCUGGGGAUAUGGAGCAAGCUGUACAGGCCUAUGUCACCGCUUUGCAGUAUAAUCCUGAUCUUUACUGCGUUAGAAGCGACUUGGGCAAUUUGCUCAAGGCCCUGGGACGUCUGGACGAGGCAAAGGCAUGUUACUUGAAAGCAAUUGAAACACGGCCAGACUUUGCAGUAGCAUGGAGUAACUUAGGGUGCGUUUUUAACGCACAAAGUGAAAUCUGGUUGGCAAUCCAUCAUUUCGAAAAGGCUGUGGCUUUGGAUCCCAAUUUCUUGGAUGCAUACAUAAACCUUGGAAAUGUACUGAAGGAGGCUAGAAUUUUUGACAGGGCCGUAGCAGCUUACUUGCGAGCUUUGAAUCUAUCACCUAACAAUGCUGUUGUCCAUGGAAACUUGGCGUGUGUGUAUUAUGAGCAAGGUCUUAUUGACUUGGCUAUUGACACUUAUAGAAGAGCGAUUGAAUUGCAACCCAAUUUCCCCGAUGCCUACUGUAAUUUGGCGAAUGCUCUUAAAGAAAAGGGCCAAGUCGCUGAUGCUGAGGAAUGUUACAAUACGGCUCUUAGGCUAUGUCCAUCACAUGCAGACUCUCUUAACAACUUGGCGAACAUUAAACGUGAACAAGGAUACAUAGAAGAAGCGACUCGUUUAUACUUGAAGGCUUUGGAAGUUUUUCCAGAAUUUGCUGCCGCGCACAGCAAUUUGGCAUCUGUUUUACAACAACAAGGCAAGCUUAAUGAAGCCCUAAUGCAUUAUAAGGAGGCAAUUCGCAUUCAACCAACAUUUGCUGAUGCAUACAGUAAUAUGGGAAAUACGCUCAAGGAAAUGCAAGAUGUCGCUGGCGCCCUACAAUGUUACACAAGAGCUAUUCAAAUUAACCCCGCGUUCGCCGACGCUCACAGCAAUCUCGCUAGUAUUCACAAGGACUCAGGGAAUAUUCCAGAAGCCAUACAGUCGUAUAGGACGGCGUUGAAACUCAAGCCGGACUUCCCUGACGCGUAUUGCAACUUGGCACAUUGUUUGCAAAUCGUUUGCGAUUGGACCGAUUAUGAGGCAAGGAUGAAGAAACUCGUUAGCAUUGUAGCGGAACAGCUCGAGAAAAAUAGACUGCCAUCAGUACAUCCACAUCACUCUAUGCUGUAUCCACUGACACAUGAUUUCAGAAAGGCUAUUGCCGCCCGUCAUGCCAACUUGUGUCUAGAGAAGGUGCAAGUAUUGCACAAGCCUCCAUACAAAUUCCCUCGCGAUUUGCAAGGGCGCCUGCGUAUCGGAUACGUUAGCAGUGAUUUCGGUAAUCAUCCGACGUCCCAUCUUAUGCAAUCCGUGCCCGGUCUACAUGAUCGCGCUAAAGUUGAGAUCUUCUGUUAUGCACUCAGCCCUGACGAUGGAACAACAUUCCGCUCUAAAAUCGCCCGAGAGGCGGAACAUUUCAUUGAUUUAUCGCAAGUACCCUGCAAUGGAAAAGCGGCCGAUAAGAUUUAUGGAGAUGGAAUUCACAUUCUUGUGAACAUGAAUGGAUAUACAAAAGGAGCUAGGAAUGAAAUAUUCGCCCUAAGACCGGCUCCGGUUCAGGUUAUGUGGUUGGGUUAUCCCGGAACAAGUGGAGCGAGUUAUAUGGACUAUUUAGUCACAGACGCUGUGACAUCACCUGUGGAAUUGGCGAGCCAGUAUAGCGAAAAGCUUGCAUACAUGCCCCACACCUACUUUGUCGGUGAUCACAAACAAAUGUUCCCGCAUUUACAAGAGAGGCUAAUUCUUAGCGAUAAAGUGAAAUCGCACAAUAAUUUAGGAAGCGUCGCUGAUAACGUAGCUGUUAUAAAUGCCACUGAUUUAUCACCGCUAGUGGAAAAUACCGACAUUAAAGAGAUUAAGGAAAUCGUUAGAGCGGCAAGACCGGUGGAAAUUUCGUUGAAGGUUGCCGAAUUGCCAACCACGACACCCAUCGAAACUAUGAUCGCUUCAGGACAAGUGCAGACAUCCGUAAACGGGGUUAUCUUGCAAAACGGUCUUGCCACAACACAAACAAACAAUAAAGCUGCCACCGGCGAAGAAGUCCCUCAGUCCAUAGUAAUAACAACGAGACAACAAUACGGUUUGCCGGAUGACGCAGUUGUCUAUUGCAACUUCAACCAACUGUACAAGAUAGACCCCCUGACUUUGCACAUGUGGGUGUAUAUUCUGAAACAUGUGCCCAAUAGUGUGCUUUGGCUCUUGAGGUUCCCGGCCGUUGGCGAACCGAACCUACAAGCUACGGCACAACAAUUGGGUCUACCACCAGGUCGUAUAAUAUUCUCAAAUGUGGCAGCCAAAGAGGAACAUGUGAGGAGAGGGCAGUUAGCCGAUGUAUGCCUGGAUACACCCUUGUGCAAUGGACACACAACUAGUAUGGACAUCUUAUGGACGGGAACCCCAGUGGUCACUUUACCUGGAGAGACCCUAGCUUCAAGAGUUGCGGCGUCACAAUUGAACACGCUCGGAUGUCCGGAAUUAAUUGCCCGGACGCGCCAGGAAUAUCAAGACAUAGCUGUAAGACUAGGAACUGAUAGAGAAUACCUCAAAGCGAUCCGUGCAAAAGUGUGGACCGCGCGAACAGAGAGCCCGCUGUUCGACUGCAAGGCGUACGCCACCGGCCUCGAGAUGCUCUACAGCCGCAUGUGGUCGCGGUACGCGCGCGGCGACCGCCCUGACCACGUGCAGGCCAUCGACAAAUAGGCACAACUACACUGCGACCUUGGUGAGGGCACGUCGAAAAAGCGGCGCUGGUGUUGAGUGACAGUGACAGUGACAGUGACAGUUGCGGUGAUUGUGACGGGUAACAGAUGAAAAAGUGAGUUUUGCUUUGGCAGUUCCCAUUGCGCGCCAUUUUGUAGAUUCGACAUUCAAAUAUUGCUGGUAUCUCUUGAGUCUUCGUUUCGGUUUUAGGAGUUGUGUUGAUAUAAUGGUAUAAUUUGAUAAAUGGUCAGGGCACUGGAAAAAAUGCCGCCCCAUCACUAAAAUUUCAUUGAUUUGUUUUUUAAAUAAUUAAUAUUUAUGUACUUUAAUAAUACAGUUGCCAGUUGAUCUAAUCUUCAAGGUAAUGAAUUAAUUAAAUUAUUUCCAUCAAGAUUAGUUUUUACUUUUAUAAUUUACCAAAGUUCGAUUUGACAAAUCAUGUAUCAGUUGAAUUUCUUGAAUAAUCCACAAAUACAAUUUAGAUGUAAUAUGUGUAAAUGAACUAUUUGAAAUGUGAUUGGUGAAAUAUAUCAUAAGCAUAAAAAUAUAUCUAACUCUUCAUUAAUGCGUGCGCUUGCGCGCGUAACGUAUACUACUCUCUUGAAUAAUAAAUGAUUAAUUAAAAAGAAUAAAAAAAUUCUAUUAAAAACUUUUGAUAACACUAAAUUUUUUUUUUCAAAUUUCACUUUUCAAAUUUUGUCGCCCUAGAUAAUUUGCCGCCCUGGGCACUAGCCCCGACUGCCCCUAGUGUAAAUCCACCAUUGUAAAUGGUAAUGAGUGGUAUGGGCAAUGUUUUUUCAUUUAAGUUAUUUCUAUAAGUAAGAGAAUCGUUGAACAUUUUGUUUUAGUAAGAUUCCUGUGGAUGUGAUUUUCAGCUACAUUGUUAGUACUUGUAAUAGUUUAAUCUUUUAGUCUGUUUAAUAGUGAAUUAUUUUUUUAUUGUUAAUAACACAAUUUGAACUGUCUCACUAUAAAUAGCGGUUAAUAUAAUGUUGGGGUUGUUUCAAUUGAAACUGUUAUCCUGACUCAUGUUAAUUGUAUUUAAUAAGACAUAAUUUUCAUUAGUACUUGAGUAUUUAAUGUGUAAUAGAGCGACGUGUAGUUUCAAUAUUGAUAUAGUAUGAAGACCUUGUUAUGUUUUUCUUUCUGCUUCAGUUGUGUCAAUCACAUUGUCAAUGAAAAAUUGUGAUGGCUGGAAGCAAUGACUCAAGCAUUUGUGGCCUUGAAAGCAUGUGCCAUUAGACAUUGCAAUAAUUAACAUGUAACUUAUUUAAUAGGGUUUUCUUUUCGAUUGAUUAACCAGAAAUAAUGCAUCUGAGUCCUUAUAGAGUAUUCCAGGAUGAUUGAAAGCAAUUUGAUAGUUUAAGUAAAUUAUUUUGCAGAAGUAUUUUAUUAGUAGUAAGUAAAAGACACUUAUUUUAAUAUGAUAUUGGAAAGGAAAGGUAUCGCAGUGUUUAAAAAUUUACUAAAAUUUGAUACAUGUAAUAAUUUAGGUAUUUUAACAAAACCAUUUUGGCUUUUAAUUGUAUGCAUAGAAUUACUGUAUUAUCAACUACAAUAUGAUGAAAAAUGUCUUAAAGAAUCUCACUUAAGUGUGAGAUGAGAGAACAAUGAGUUAAGUAAUGUUAGAUGUCUAAAUAAGCUACAGAGGUUUUUUAUGUGUUAAAAGUAUGUAUAUCUAUAUAACUGGAAUUUCAUAAGAACAUGGCUUUGAUAACUGUAGAAAGAAUUUUUGUGGUAGUGCCACUCAAGUCCCAGUACUCCUUUUCUUGACACAUCAGCUGUGAAUUGAAUCCUAUUAAUUAAAAAAAUGGGGACAUUAAAAAUAUGAAAACAGUUAUAUAAAUAUAGACAUUUUUAUAUUUUGUCAUGUUUAAGAACCAUUAAAGACAUUCUCUAUGUAUUUGAUGUUAGACAAAAUAUUGUUUAGUGAUUACAUGUCUUUAUUCGAAAUCAGACAUCUAAGAAGGAGCAAUCAUAUGUAAGACUGAAUCUGAAUGAUAUAAAUAUCUAGUGACUUUGCUUCUAAAUCUGCGGAGAAAAAUGUUUAUUCACUAGAUCUUAGGUAUAAUUUAUUGAAUUAGUUCAUAGCUUUAGUGUAACGAUUUAAUCAUCGAAUUUAAUUAGUUAUUCAGUUGACUACUCAAAUAAUAUAUGUACUUGGUUUUGUUUGUAAUUCAACUAAGUUUUGACAUAUGUAUAAUUGGUUUUUCUCAUUUAAUAUUUACUUUCACAAAUGCAGAAAAGAACAAUAAUGUGACUAAGAUUGUUAUGUAAUUUUUAAGUAGAUUACGUUUGUGUGUUAAGAUAAUGUGAUAUAUUUAGGAGUUUGAAGAGACCUUAAUACGGCUCAAAUCUCGAUCGAAUCAAAGGCUUUUUCAUAGUCCACAAACGCCAAGCAUAAUGGCUGAUUAUACUCCUCCGUCUUCUGUAUAAUCUGUCGUAGCGUGUGAGUCAUGAAGAGUCCUUCCUUCUCCAUCAACUCAUCAUCGCCUCUCUUGCCUAAUUUUGCGUUGAAAUCCCCCAUAACAACAUUGAAAUGUGUUUUCGAGGUGUGUAUGGCUCUGCUGAUGUCCUCAUAACUUACCUCCACAUCUUCAUCUGGAUAUGCCGAAGUCGGAGCGUAGACCUGAAGGACCUUCAAGGAAUAUCUAUCAGAUAUUUUGAGGAUCAGGUACGCUACCCUGUUCGACACACUUUCGAUGGCUACGAUGUUUUUUUAUGAGGGGUCUGCGAACGAUAAACCCUAUUCCACAUUGGGAUUGCUGGUCGCCCUCCCGGUAGAAGAAUAAAUUACCAGAUGCCAAGGUCAACGUGUCCUCCCCCUUUCUUCGGACUUCUGAUAUCCCUAUGACAUCCAGCUCAACGAUCUUUUCGUCCGUCCUCAAUGUGCGUGCAUUGUAUGUUACCAGGGCCAGGAUCGUCGGGAGUGGUAGCCGUAUCGCUUCCGGUGAUUCUUAUCACCCCCCGAUCCGCCGUUACCAUGGCCGCUACCGUAGCCAGGAAAGGGAGGGAGAACAUGCACAACGCUGCUGCCCGUUUGCAUGUAGAAACCCUUAGUCGCAUUUUACGACACCCACAGGUAGAGAUGGGGUGGUGCUAUUCUAAACCGGCACCACACGGUCAAGUGUGGGUCAAGUAAGGUCUCUUCAGCGAUGCCGCAUUGACUAUCGGUAUAUCGAAGUGCUGAGAAGCUUGUAUGAAAACGCCACAAUGUCAGUCCGAGUUCAGGAGCAGUGCACGAAAGCAAUUCCUCUGCAGCGCGGCGUCAGACAAGGAGAUGUCAUCUCUCUAAAACUUUUUACCGCUGCUUUGGAAGACCUCUUCAAGCUCCUCGACUGGCAAGGACUUGGCAUUAACAUUAAUGGCGAGUACAUCACUCACCUUCGAUUUGUUGACGAUUUCGUGGUCAUGGCGGAGUCCCUGGAAGACCUUAAUACAAUGCUCGGUGACCUCUACAAAGUUUCACAACAAGUGGGCCUUAGCAUGAACAUGGACAGACGAAAAUCAUCCCAUCACAUUCAUAAAAUCUGGACUCUGGCCGCUGGUGAUCGGUCGUUUUUGGAAAUCUUUGGGGGAGGCCUAUGUCCAACAGUGGACGUCCUAAAAGGCUGCAACGAUGAGUUAGGAGUUUGAGAAUAAAAUUCAUAAGAUAAGUAUCCGCACAUAUGAUGCUUGCUAUGUUGUUUAGGGAAUAAUGGGCUUUUAAUAUUUAUGACUCAUUAAAGCUUGAUGUAGGUUUUGUCUUUUACUUAAUGUGAAUAAAUUCAAAACAGUAUUGGGCCGAAAGGCAAUUAAUUUUUUCAAUAAAAAAAUCUUUAAAGCAAAUUAUUGAGUAUAUUUGAUAAUGUCCAUUGUUCCCAAUGCCAUUAUGCCAUUUUACAAUAGACUAGCAUAAGUGUGAAUUACCCAGUUGAUUUUAGCAAAUUUCCUCAUUAUUCACUAAUUGUAAAUAUUUUCUUAAGUUUUAGUAUUAAUUAGGUUGAUUAAUAAACAUGUGAAAAAAA